GCUGACUUUAUCUUGUUUUCUAGAUUGUAAUUUUGUGUCAGUAAGCAAUCCAUAAAGUGUCAGCAUGGGAAAGAAACGGACAAAGGGGAAAACUGUUCCAGUUGAUGAUUCCUCUGAGUCUUCAGAGCCUGUGUGCAAACAUCUUAGAAAAGGGUUGGAACAAGGUAAUUUGAAAAAAGCUUUAGUGAAUGUGGAAUGGAAUAUUUGCCAAGACUGUAAGACAGACAAUAAAGUAAAAGGUAAUUCUGAGGAAGAAACAGAAGAAAAUCCUUCAGUUUGGCUAUGUCUUAAAUGUGGCCAUCAGGGCUGUGGCAGAGAUUCUCAGGAACAGCAUGCCUUGAAGCACUACACCACACCAAGAUCUGAGCUUCACUGUCUGGUUCUUAGUUUGGACAACUGGAGUGUAUGGUGUUACAUCUGCGAUGAGGAAGUACAGUAUUGUAGUUCAAACCGAUUAGGCCAAGUGGUUGAUUAUAUUAGAAAACAAUCUGGUAUUACAACUCCCAAAUCAGCAGAGAAAGAUAAUGGGAACAUUGAACUUGAAAAUAAAAAGUUGGAGAAAGAGAGUAAAAAUGAACACGAGAGAGAAAAAAAGGAAAACAUGGCUAAAGAAAAUCCUCCCAUGAACUCUGCUUCCCAAGUAACCGUGAAAGGACUCAGUAACUUGGGAAAUACGUGUUUCUUCAAUGCAGUUAUGCAGAACUUGUCACAAACACCAGUGCUUAGAGAACUAAUAAAAGAAGUGAGAAUGUCUGGAACAAUUGUGAAAAUAGAACCACCUGAUUUGGCACUAACAGAACCUUUAGAAGUGAAUCUUGAGCCUCCAGGCCCUCUCACUUUAGCCAUGAGCCAGUUUCUUAAUGAGAUGCAAGAGACCAAAAAGGGAAUUGUGACGCCUAGAGAGCUCUUUUCUCAGGUCUGUAAAAAAGCGGUGCGGUUCAAAGGCUACCAACAGCAAGAUAGCCAGGAGCUACUUCGCUACUUACUGGAUGGGAUGAGAGCAGAAGAACACCAAAGAGUGAGUAAAGGAAUUCUUAAAGCAUUUGGUAAUUCUACUGAAAAAUUGGAUGAAGAAGUAAAAAAUAAAGUUAAAGAUUAUGAAAAGAAAAAGCCAGUACCAAGUUUUGUGGACCGCAUCUUUGGUGGUGAACUAACUAGUACAAUCAUGUGUGAUGAAUGCAGGACUGUAAGUGAAGGUCAUUUGUAAACUUAAUUUUUAUCAAUAUUUUCUCCAUAUUUUCAGUGUGGUAAGAAAAGUAUAAAUGAUAAAAAUCUGAAAAAGAUAAUGGAGGAAGAAGAUAAAGACAGUGAGGACGAAAAAGAUGAUGACAGUCACAUGAAAGCAAGAAAUGAUAUUCUUUCAGGAACAAGUAAGCACUUACAGAAAAAAGCAAAGAAGCAAGCCAAAAAGCAAGCUAAGAACCAACGACGACAACAAAAAAUUCAAGAGAAAGUUCUUCAUCUAAACAAUAUUUGUGCUACUGACCACACUGAAAAUGAGUGUAAGGCUGAAAUGUCACCCGUGGGAGAAGUGGAUAUUGACUCCAACCAUAUUUCACAAGAGGAAGUUACACAUACAGAAAUCGAUGUUAAUCUAAAAGAUUUAAAUGGCCAAGAGAAAACGAUAGAAAAUACAACUGACAAUCAAAACUCCCCAGAGGAACUAGGUGUGAGUGGUGUCAGUAUGGAUAGUGCUCUGGAGGUUUUGACAUCUGACAGGAAUUUAAAUGGUGUCUGCCUGGAGGAAAGGAGCAGUGGAGAACUAGACCUUACCAGUGAUUUCAAAAACCUUAAUUUGAAUGCUGCUCUUCAUCCUGAUGAAAUAAAUAUAGAGAUUCUGAAUGACAGUCAUGAUCUUGGGACAAAGGUGUAUGAGGUUGUAAAUGAAGAUCCAGAAACUGCUUUCUGUACUCUUGCGAACAGGGAAGCUUUUAGUACUGAUGAGUAUUCAAUCCAGCAUUGUCUGUAUCAGUUCACCCGUAAUGAGACACUUCAAGAUGCGAAUAAACUACUGUGUGAAGCAUGCACAAGAAGACAGUGUAAUGGACCAAAGGCAAAUAUAAAAGGUGAAAGGAAGCAUGUUUACACCAAUGCCAAAAAGCAGAUGCUGAUUUCUCUGGCUCCUCCUGUUCUCACUCUUCAUUUAAAGAGAUUUCAGCAGGCUGGUUUUAACCUACGCAAAAUUAACAGACACAUAAAGUUUCCGGAAAUCUUAGAUUUGGCUCCUUUUUGUACCCUUAAAUGUAAGAAUGUUGCUGUAGAAAGCACACGAGUACUAUAUUCCUUAUAUGGAGUUGUUGAACACAGUGGUACUAUGAGGUCAGGGCACUACACUGCCUAUGCCAAGACAAGGACUGCCAACAGUCAUCUCUCUAAUCUUGUUCUUCAUGGUGAAAUUCCACAAGGUUUUGAAAUGGAAUCAACCAAAGGGCAAUGGUUUCAUAUCAGUGAUACACAUGUGCAAGCUGUGCCUGUAACUAAAGUACUAAACUCACAAGCAUACCUCCUGUUUUAUGAGAGAAUACUGUAAUAUCUGAAGUGCUUUCUCUAGAAAUACACUUAUGGCUUUUAUACUGGCUGUAAUAACAAUAAAAUAUUAAAGACUAAAUCAUGUUCAUGUAAGUACA